CAGCUGUUUGAUUCUAAAUCUGGUUCACUUGGACGCAUUACUUUAGACCGACCACAACUGUUUGGCAACAUUUUCCAUCAAAAGAACUAACAAGAUGAUGGCUUAUCCUCCUCCAGGUGGUGGUGGUUAUGGGUAUGGAAAUCAGUAUCAACAGCCCUAUGGUGGUGGUGGUGGUUAUACAUACAAUAACUCAGCUUACAAUGUCAACUACGCUCAGCCAGCAAAUCCGAUGGGAAUGAUGGGUAAUAUGAUGGGAGGUAUGAUGGGAGGUAUGAUGGGGAUGAUGAUGCAACAAGCGCCACCAUCUCAACAGACAAAUAUUACAUAUAAUAUGAUGUUUAGUAGUGAUACUGCUUUCCAGGAUUCUGCUGCUUCAGCUUUAGGAAUGGAGGCUGAAGAUAUGGAGGUGUCUGAUGACGAUUACGAAGAAGAGGAAGAAGAGGAGGAGGAGGAAGAGGUCAAGGAAAAAAAGAAGAAGUUCAAGAAGAAAUGCAAGAGGCGCCAGAAACUGGCCCAGAAAGUUGCUGAGAAAUGUCAAGAAGAUGAUAGUUUCUUGGAAAAAGUACGCCAAAACUACAUUGCUCGUCUAAGAACACAUUUGUUAAAGGAUGGUACAAUUGAUCCAACUGAAGGCACCAUUAAAUAUUAUGCUAAAUACAAAGCUGAUGAUCCACUGGUACCCUUCAUGGCUGAAUAUGAUGGAACGGAAUUAGUGGGAGAAAAAUGGGAUGCAGAAUGGGACUGCAUGUACCUGAAAGAAGCAUGUGAUGGCGCAGGAACCAAUGAAGAAGCCAUUAUCUACAUCUGUACUACAAGAAAUAAUGAACAAAGACAGAUUCUGAAAAAGCAGUUUAAGACAAAUUUUGGAGAGGAUCUGAUGGAGACUUUGGACAGUGAGACAAGUUUUAAAUUUAAAGAGGUGAUCUUGGCAUUGUUUGUACCUCCACCUUUGUUUGAUGCUUUGAAUAUCAAAAAAGCAAUCCAGGGACUUGGAACCGAUGAAUCUGCUUUAAUUGAGAUUUUACUGUCCAGGACAAAUGCACAGAUUGAGGAAAUAAAAGCUGUCUAUGGAGAUAUUAACCCAGAUGAUUGUGCCACUGACAAAGACUUGGAGUGUAACAUUGAGGAUGAUACCAGUGGGGAUCUUAAAAGAAUUCUCAUAUCUUCUGCACAGGGUGGUCGAGCAGAGCUGGACCCAGAAAAGAUAGAUGAAGCUGUGGUACCAGUUAUGUUUCAUGAUGAGGAAACAGAUGAAGAUAAACCAACUGGUUCCUUCACCAUUGACAUGGAAAAGCUUGUUGACAUGAAGAGAGCUAAGCAGGAUGCCAACAAUUUGUUUGAAGCAGGAGAGGACUGUUUUGGAACAGAUGAGGACACUUUCAUCAGGAUCUUUGCAUGCAGAGAGACCUACCAGCUAAGAGCAAUUUAUGGUGAAUAUGUGAAGUUGACACAAAGAGAUGUUGAAAACACUAUUGACAGAGAAUUCUCCAGUGAUUCAGAGAAAGCCUUGCUCACAUUGGUGAUGUCAAUAAAAUGUAGACCAAAGUACUUUGCUGAGAGAUUGACCUGGACAAUGAAGGGACUUGGUACAAAGGACAGUGAUUUAAUCAGAAUUAUUGUCAGCAGAGCUGAGAUUGACAUGGUACAAAUUAAAGAGACUUUCCUGGCACAGAACAAAAAGACUUUAUGGAAGUGGAUUGAAGAAGAUUGCUCUGGAGAUUACAGAGAAAUGUUGCAAAGGAUUGUGGGAAGAGAUUAAAGCUGUUUCAAGAGCCCAAACAAGGAGAUUGAAGCUUUUUAAUGACAUUGAUUUUUCAACUUAACUUUUCUUUACUGUUCUAUUAAGUGUUUUGCAUAAUAACAAAAAUGUGCAAUUUAUAGCAAGUUUUUUGUUUUUCUAAAAUCAAUGUUUAAAUACUGAAAAUUUGGUACUUGAGAUCUUUUCUUAUUGUUGUUUCUUCUUUUAUUGUGUUUUUUUUUGUCUACUUAUUAUAUAAUUUAUUUAUACAUAUUGUACAUUCAUGUAUUCAUGAUUUGAUAUUGCUUUUGUUAGAUCUUAUUUUAUUUUACAUCUCCCAACUGUGAUAUAAACAUUUUACAUGAGAAAUCUAAGUUACAAGUUUUAUUUGAUUAUUUCUAACAAGAUUCCGAUUGACUAUUUUGCAUAAAAUUGCCUUUUUUUCAGUGUUACAAGAUAAAGAAUAAAUUUUACAAGAUGAAUUCUACAAACAGAUUAUUUGAUUAUACUUUGACCUAUGAUAAUCUACAUUUACAAAUUGUGACUUGGAUGGAGAGUUGUCUCAUUGGCACUUGUAUCAUAUCUUAUUAUAUAACUAUCAGUUCUCUCCUUUUGACUUAUGACCUUGCUUUUGACUUGAAGCUUAAACAACAUUGAUUAUACCACAUGCAGUAUUGUCUUAUCCUCACUAUCUCAUAUCAUUAAUUACCUCAUAAAAUAUUGACAAUCAUUUGCAAUAGAUUUUUUUUUUCUAAGGCUGUAAGUCCUUAGUCAGUCAUAAGAAAGCAAAAUAUUUCACAGCAUUCCAGUUUAGUUUGUUUUGUUAAUUUGGUUAAGCAUGAAUGUUAAAUUGAAACAGAAUGCAAUCCUUUUUGUUAGGAUUUUUUAUUAUUGUAACCGGCUGAUGUAAAGGAUAUUAACUUCGGGGACAAAAAUUGUAAGACUUUUGAAUAAAUGAUUUAUUGUAAAAAAAAAAUGGCUGCUAUUUAUCUGGAGGAAAAGAUUUUAAA